GCAAAAGGGGGGGAGGCGACAGAGAGCAACAGAGAAAGGGAACACCAGAGAGAGAGAGAGAGAGCUCAUUCACUUCAACCACAGCUGACAAAAACAAGCCCUCCAAAGUGCACUGCAGGACUUUGACAGAUAUCACUUCAUUACAAGCUGGACAAAGAGCGCUCUCCCUUUCUGCUAGUGUGACAAUGGCCUCCGCUACUUUUAUAAAAGACACAGGCUGCACAGGCAUCCUGCACCUCCUCCUGUUCGGACUUCUUCUGCCAUCAGUAUCAGUGUCAGGCCAAACUCCCGGCCCGUCUUCGAUGCCCUCCACUGCAUCUGCCACCAAUACCCCCCAGUCCCCCACAGCCACCACUUCCGGAGGCACAGGAACCAGCACCACCAUCCAGGCUUCCGCCUCUACCACCUCUGGACCCACCAUAACUUCAGCCAUCAGCCAGUCCACUGCAACACCCACCGGCAGCCCAGCAAUCCCCACCACCCAGCCCGCCACCUCCAGCAACAUUGGAGGUACAGCAAUUACCCUCACCACUCAGUCUCUCACAACCUCAGCAACCUCCAGAGGCACAGAAACCACCUCUAUCACCCAGUCACCCUCAGACCCUAGCACUUCUGGAGGCACAGCAACCACCACUAUGCCCCAGUCACCCUCAGACCCUAGCACCUCUGGAGGCCCAGCAACCACCUCUAUCACCCAGUCACCCUCAGCCCCUAGCACCUCUGGAGGCACAGCAACCACCUCUAUCACCCAGUCACCCUCAGACCCUAGCACCUCUGGAGGCACAGCAACCACCACUAUGCCCCAGUCACCCUCAGCCCCUAGCACCUCCGGAGGCCCAGUAACCACCUCUAUGCCCCAGUCACCCUCAGACUCUAGCACCUCUGGAGGCACAGCAACCACCACUAUGACCCAGUCACCCUCAGACCCUAGCACCUCUGGAGGCCCAGCAACCACCUCUAUCACCCAAUCACCCUCAGACCCUAGCGCCUCUGGAGGCACAGCAACCACCACUAUGUCCCAGUCACUCUCAGCCCCUAGCACCUCCAGAGGCACAGUAACCACCACUAUGACCCAGUCAUCCUCAGCCCCAAGCACUUCUGACGGCACAGCAACCACCACCAUACAGUCUCCCACAACCACAGCAACCUCUGGAGGCAUAGCAACCACCACUAUGACCCAGUCACCCUCCAUCACUACCACCUCCGAUGGCACAGCAACCACCACCAUACAGUCUCCCACAAUUACAUCAACCCACAGCACAGCAACCACUACAAUAAGUCAGUCACCUUCCACCACUACCACCUCCGGAGGCACAGCAACCACCACUAUUACCCAGUCAUCCUCAGCCCCGAGCAACUCUGGAGGCACAGCAAUCACCACCACCACCAUCCAGUCUCCCACAACCAUAACAACCUCUGGAGGCAUAGCAACCACCACUGUCACCCAGUCACCCUCCACCACUACCACCUCUGGAGGCACAGCAAUCACCACCAACCAUUCUCCUACAACCACGAUCACCUCCGGGGGGUCAGCAGUCACCACACAAUCCGGCACCAGCACAACAACCACUGCCAAUUCUGCAUCUUCAACUUCUAUGACCACUCAUGAUGUAACCACUGAUUAUCGUUAUUCAGGGACCACUUCUGCCUCCCCUAAAGUUGGUUCAACAACGAUGAACCAGCCUGGGACCACCGUGCCCAAGUCCAGCCCCACCAUGCCCAAGUCCAGCCCCACCAUGCCCAAGUCCAGCCCCGCCAUGACAGCCACAGGCUGGACCAGUCCAUCCACCUCCAUGACUACCAAUUCUGGUCCCAUGCCCACCAUAACUGGUGGCACGCCUAGUAUGAAUGGAACCACUAUGGUAAACCCUAUUUCAAUGAGCAUGAUAUACUGCCCCUCAUUCAUGUGUAACUACACGGACUGCUAUACAAUGUACGACAGUCAGAAUGCCACUUUAUGUGCUGCUGGUGCCUAUUGUGAGCUGAUUAGACAGACGGACAUGUGCUACACUGUCAGCUGCAGCGCCUCCUGUGCUGAUAGUUGCGUCAACGCCUCUCAGACCAACUGCUCAGUGAACUGCUGCAAUUCUACUGGCUGCCUCAAUAGCACUUUUGCAUCCAUGAUGGUCAUGACAACCACAGUAAUCCCAACCACCAUGAAAACAACUACUACCACACCAGCUCCUACAACGACUACUACCAGUGCACCAACAACAGCAGACAAUAGAAAUAAAUGCCGUAAAGGUACAUGCGUUGGUCCAACUUGCUACAAAGAUUUUUCAACUGCUGCACUCCAAUCAUGCUCCUCCUCACAGCCACACUGUCAGCUGAAAAAGGAGAAUGUAGACUCCGGUCUGCAGUGGACAGCAGGCUGCACCACCAACUGUUCUGGCCAAGCCCCAUGCAAGACCUCCACAACACCUCCAUGUCAUCUAGAGUGCUGCAACGCCACCAGGACCUCUUGCCUGUGGUUGAAUGGUACGCUGAAUCACCCCAAUUUUGCCACAAGAGGUCCUCAUCUUCACACAGAGUUGAUUGCGUUCUUACUUGGCCUGCUUGCCAUCACUUUGCUGCUGUGAGUGACUGAGUAGGAGCUUGCUCAGCUGCUGUGUGGGUCAUUAGGUAAUCAGAGCUGUGUGUAACUUUCAGUCCAUCCAGAGACAACAAGCUUAGCAGUGCAAAGGUAAACACCACUUUACUUAAACCCAUUUAUCUCGUGUGAUUGUAAUGUAUAUACUGUAUGUAUGGAAUUAUGUAAAGCCUCAGUGACAAUGUUGACUUUGUUUCUUGUUAUAUUAAAACUUCCCGAUCACAUUUUUAUCUCUGCUUCAAGACCAACGAAAAAUGGCUUUGAACAGUAUUUUAAAAUGAAAAAUUAUAUCAACUUCAGAAAUCAAGAAAGAAGCAACUCAUUCGUCACAUCACUUCACAUUUAGGGUGCAAGUCACCUCUAUAAUUAACAAAAAUCAAAUAUUAAAGAGACAGUUCACCCUAAAAUUAAAACUAUUAUUUGUUCCUCUUACCUGUU